UGGGAGUCCAGUCCAAUAGGUGACCAAAUGUCCGCGAUUCACCAGUGCUUUCACCACUGUUUUGAAAUAAUUGUCGUGGCUGUAAGUCGUGAUGGGCGACAAGACUAGAAUUCUGUGAGCAGAUGAAGCAGGAAAUUCGGUGAACAGCAGUUAAAUUCACAGGUGUAGAUUGAAAGAAAGUGAACAUCAGCCAGGUUUCGUUCUCAGCUUCUGGUCUUCAUCCUGCCUUUCAAACUUUCCCUGAAAACCAGUUCAAGUUUUCCCGGUUUUCCAUUUAUUCCUAUACGAGAAGGCCAUCUAGCGUUCAAAAACGACACUAGUUGCUCAAAAUUGAGCUUUACUAGACUUCGCAGCAUUUUAAAAAUCAUCAAAGCGAACUUCACCUGACUUAUUCUUUACUUAAUGAAUUGGAGACAACGCAAAGAACUAUCGGGAUAAAAUGGAAGAGCAGCGUUCCUCAUGAAUAAUUCUAGAGAGCUGAUCCUGAAUCCUGCUGCAUGUAAAUUUUUGUCGAGGUCUGUAUCCCAAUAGAGUUGUCUAAUUUUCAGCUUCUGUGUGUUUUUUAAAAUAUUUCAAAACAAUUCUUUGAAUAGCGUUCGUGGGCGUCGCCAAUAACUACUGACCAAAUUGGAUGGAUCCGCUUGUCAAAAGAGGAGAACAGAUUGGUGUAUCCGAUCGAAGUUUGGCGCCCUGUGGAGUGUCUGCAGUUGAGACCGAUGUAAGGUCGUGCCCUCAUUGCAGUUUACAUCGUGAUAUUUCAAAUUGUCUCGGCAAGCAACCUCUCCGAAACACGAAAAUUACAUGUUAUUAUCAAGGAAUAUCAGCAAUUGAUUUCCCGUACACUUUGUGCGUGGGUGAGUUGACAGCCUCUUGUGAGGCCGUUCAGCCGAAUUCGAGUGAAAAAUGAUGAGAUCUUCAAAAACAUUCGGCGCCAAAGGAGUUGUGUGAGCAAUUUUUGUAUUUUUGUUCAAGAAUUGAAUCGACAAGUGGGUGAUUCUGCAAUGUGCAGAUGUGUGUGUACAAUGUGAACUCAUCCGUUACUGGGCGAAAUGGCAGUCAACAACUCUCCCUGCGCCAUCCCAAAACUCGCCAAAGGAAAAGUGAACCGUGACGAAGUGAUUUACGUUCGUCUCGGAAGUUAUUAAAAGUGACGAGAAAAGGCAGAAGGAGAUGAAGUUAAGAAAGUUGCGGCUGCGUUCGUCUAGUUCAACAAACGGUGCUGGUGAUUUCAACAAGUGGGCUGGUCCCUAACCACUGCGUUGGGGCUUACACACACACUCAGCGAAAUGGCCACCAUGCAGUACCACCAUCAACAGCAGCAGCAGCAACAGCGAUUCUACAAUACUCUUGGAGGUCAGUCUUCCUCCGGGAACAGGCCACCCACAAUGCAGCGCAGGCCCAAGACCCAGGGUCAAGAAGAUGGUCCAACUCCCAUUUGUCGAUGCAGAGUUCUGUACCUAGGCUCAGCCGUUCCUCAAGUCACAAAAGAUGGCCUCCAAGGCAUUCAGGAACCCUUGAGGGAGCUGUAUCCCGAGGGAGGAGCGAUGGGCGCUAAAGGAAUCGACUCUUGGCUAUCGGUAUGGAGCAACGGUUUGCUGCUGGAGAAUGUGGAUGAGAAUCACCAGCGCGUGACGCGGUUCUUUCCCAUCGACUCCCUGCACUAUUGUGCAGCCGUCCGCUACGUUUUAGUCCCGUCUACCUCUCCGUCAGCGGCCGGUGGGGGACCUGGUGGCGGCGGCGGCAGUGCGGCCGGAUCAGAAUUGGGCGUCGGAAGAAUGGCUCGUUUCCUGCCACUGGACUCGCCGUUUGCCCGCCACCCCAACAUUCACCACCCGCCCUUGUUUGCCUGCAUCAUGCGCCGCACGACGGGCAUCAAGGUGCUGGAAUGCCACGUCUUUAUUUGCAAAAGAGAAACGGCCGCCAACGCUCUGGUGCGAUGCUGUUUUCACGCCUACGCCGACUCGACUUACGCCCACCACCUCGAAGAGGAGGAACAACAACAAGGAAAGAACUCGGCAAAAGGGACGAGGCCGGGACCAGGUCGGCCCAGCAACGGCUCGGCCGUGGUCGUCAGCGCCGACUCAGACAUGACCCUCAAUUCCAUCGAGAAAGUCGAAACGUGGAAACUCUACCAACAGCAGCAGCAGCAACAACUGCAGCAACAGCAGUCAAAUGGGCAGACACCCAAAGCGGUCGCAGAGGAUACGGCCAGAGAAGGAAGCACCAGCAGUCAUGGAAUGGGCAGCGCAUCCGUUUCGAUGCUGAUCCUGGAUCACGGCUCGGCCGACGAAGACACGGCUUCAUCCAUCGUUAACGGAGACCAGAAUCACAAAAUUUGGCUGCCGUCGACCAGUAAUUCGACUGGAGUUCCUCGCCGACUGGCCGCUUCCGGCCCUGUGGCUCCCGUGGCCGACAUGUACGGCGGUGGCAGCGGCAAUCCAGCGACCAACACGAUGCGGAGCGUUCGCUCUUCGGCCUCGUCGAUGAUGCCCAACACGUUGCAGACGAGAUCGUCUCGCCCCCGACAGAUUUUGGCUCCGUUCGCCGCCCCACCUCCGCCACCCCCUCUGGUGCAACCGACUGGCUUGGACGAGCCGGACAGUAAAUUGUUAAUGAAGAAGAUGAGAAAGAAGCGAAUCGGCGGCCGAGUGGGUGGCAGCGAUAUUGACGACAUGUCUUCUGUGGCGACUGGCCCCAUCAAUGGCGGCCGACGAAGUUCUCACAGCGUUUUCAACUUCCCCAUCCAUCGAGGAGGAGGAGGAGGGGGUCACCCUGGGGUUCCGCCACCUCCGGGCUAUCCCAUGAGCUACCCGUUUUUUCCUGGGCAACGCCAACCGCCGCCGCCGCCACACGGAGCUUAUCUCGUUCCCAUGCCUAUCCCACUGCCCGCGCACAUUUCCACCAACGGGAAAAAGUCGAAGGGUUUGAAAUUCGGCACUUUUAGCGCCCGUGGCGUUGGCAAGAAAAUCAAAUCGAAAAAUCUCCAACAUCCGGCCGGAAGCAUGAUGUUCCUUCCGCCCCAUCAUCCUGGCCAAGCUCCCGGACCUCCCGUUAUGGCUCCACCGCCCAUGGCGUUGGGUUUGCCCGUCCCCAUGAUGGCCCCGCCGCUGUCGAUGCGCCGAGGCUCGAUGAUGACGACGUCAGCAGAGGAGCCGAUUUACAUGCCGAGUCAAGUCCGUCCACUUAGUCCCAUCGCCUCGUACGCUCCGGCCCAUUUCCCGCACGAAGCCUAUCUGAUGCAGCAGCACUACACGACGCUGGUCCAGCAACCCAAGGGCUCGCAGCAGACGACGCUGACGAAACUCAAGAAAAAGGACAAGAUGAAGAAGAAGAUGAUGCAGCAGCAGCCGAUGCAACCGAUGCAGCCGCUUCAUCCCCUACAAAUGGACGCCGCCCAGCUGAGCGCCAUGGACGCAAUGAGUCUGCACGGAGAGGAAGUGUCGCUCAACAGCCAGUCGGGUGGAGGAGGCAUCUACCGCAAGGGCCACCUCAACGAAAGGGCCUUUUCGUACUCGAUCCGGCAGGAACAUCGAUCCCGUUCUUACAGCUCCCUGGCCGGUCUGGGUGUCAGCGGAGGAAGCUCGGGCGGUGGCGGGGCGGCUUACCCGAGUGGACCCGAAGAUUUGCGGGCCCACGACAAGAAGGAGCGCGAGUUGAUUCAAAUGGUUCACGAUCUGGAUCUGUCGGGCGAUGACCUGGAGCGUUCCGAAGUGCCGCUAGCCAUGUAUCCACAUCACCACCGGCAGCAGCCUCGUUAAAACUUCAUUUUCUCUUCUCCAUUCCACAUGGAAUGAACACGACGACAACAUCUGACCGGUCGACCUGCCCGUCCGUCUCUUCAAUCUUCAAUGCUGACAACGGAUCAAAAUUGAAAAUAAUCAUUUAAAAAAAAACAUGUCCAGGAAAAAAAGACAAAAAAAAAGAUUGCAUCAUUUUUGACUUCACUAAAUCAAGUAAAAAUUUUUGAAAUUAUAUUCCGUCCCACUUAAAAAAUUUAAUAUCCAUUUCCAGCCUUUUUUUCAAUAUUAACUUUUUGACAAUGCCGAUGAUAUGGAGUUAAAGAACUAUUCUAAUUAUCUAUUCAUAGUUUAGAUAUGUGCCCAGGUCACUUAUUUUCCCUUAGACGCUCAAUGAAGAUUUCCUCUCUACCCUCUUGUCUCUCUCUUUAUACAUUCAUUUACUUAUAUUCUUUUUUAAAUACUAAAACAAAUUUUCCCUUCUCUUUUUGAAUUUCUGUUGAAUUUUCUUUUGUCUUUUUGUCUGCGGUUGGUAUUUUAGUACAUCCAAUCCUACCGAUGAUUGCGUUUCCCUCGUGAAUGAAGAGUGUGUGAUUGUGCCAUUUGUGUGGUGGAAAUGAAUUGACGCAAAAGGUAAAAAGACAAAAAAAAAACCGUGAAUGACAGUCAUGUGACCUGAUUAGUAUCAUCAUCAUCGCUUCCUCUUUUUUGUUGUUGUUUCAUCAUCCCGUGUAAUUGUAGACCAACAAUCAUUUUAAUUAAAAGCCUCAUUGUCUUGGGUUUUUCUUCAAUUAAGGGGGAUUUUUGGUUGCAGGUAAAUCAAGAGAAUGAAAGUGAUGCAAAUGGUUCAAAAUUCUGAAUGAUGCAAUUGACUUUUUGGAUGAGAGAAAUUAUUAAACACACAAUACACGUCAUGAUUAUUCGGUC